UCAGCGGAACAGGAGCACUGCAGGUGUGUGUGUGUCCUUUAUGUGUGAGAAGCCGUGUGUGUGUGUGUGUGUGUGUGUGUGUGUGUGUGUGUGUGGUGUGUUGUGUGUGUGUGUGGACUCACUUUGUCUUCAACUAAUAAGGAUCUCCUCGGAUGAAGCCUCAGAGUCUCCGCGAUCAGAACACCUUAGAUCUGGCCCUUUCCACCAUCAUCAUGGAUACAGAGGCUAGUCACAUGCUGGAGGCAGCCCUGGAGCAGAUGGAUGACAUCAUUGCAGGUUCCAAAGCAGCAGUGGUGGAGUUUUCUAACAGGAUGUAUGAGCAGGGUUCCCCCGUCAGUGGCGCUCCCCUUCAGUUAGCUGAGGAGCUCAAACUUGCCUUGGAGCUCCAACAAAACCAGGAGGAGAGAGACAGCCUGAGAGCACAGCUGCCUGCAGGAACAGCACAACUUCUCAUAGACUGGUUGCAGACUGGAACUGCAGUCACAAAGGGUUUGUUAGAUGUUGAACAUGAAGAAAUGGCUGAAGAUGAGCAGCAGUCUUGA